AUGAGGGUAAAAUUUGCCACUCAAGUAUUUAGCCAUUCAAUGGCAUCAACAAUGCGGACGUGUAUACAAACAAAACAAUUACAAAAUAAAAACGCACAAGAUACAGCAGAUUUCGUAGACUUCAUGAACAAACUUUUUGAUUGCUUGAAUAGUAGAACUCUUCUAAGUAAUAAUCCAUAUAAUUGUGCUCUUUCGGAUGUGGGAAAAGUGAAACCUUUUUUAAUGAAAGCUUCAACAUAUUUCACAAAUAUGCAUAAAUAUAAAAAAGGAAAGAUGUCUCGUCCUCCCUGUUUCAAUGGAAUUACACAAACCAUUAAUGGAAUAUUGAAUCUAUUUGAAGAAGAAAAACAAAAUGGUAUUUUGUUUUUACUUACCAACCGCUUCAAUCAGGACAUUUUAGAAAAUCUCUUUAGUAUUUUCCGUCAAAAAGGGGGGUACAACAAAAAUCCUACUGCUAGGACUUUGAGAACAUCGUUUCGAAGUAAUUGUAUUUUUUCAUUGGUCACUUCAAAAGGAACUAACUGCAAAGCAAAUAUAGAAGAUUUGGAUGAAAUUCAGUUGCAAGAACAGGUUAGCUUAGUCGUUGAAUUACCUCCUCAAGAUCCACUAUCAUCAUCAUCAUCAUCAUCGUCUUCACCAACACCAUCAACAUUAUCGUCACCUACGCCAUCAUCAUUAUCAUUGUUGACAUCAACAUCUUUAAAUAAUAUAGAAAUUAAAGAAGAAGAACCGAUAACAUUAGAAGAUUGUUCAGUAUUAUACUUUGCAGGAUAUUUGGCUCAUAGAUGUAUUGCACAAUUUAACUGUACAAAUUGUAUCAAUUAUGUGUUGACAAACAAAAACAUUGACGAUAAAAACCAAUUAUUAUUAUUAAACAAAAAUUAUACUUAUUUAGAAAUUCAAAACGAUAUAGGAUUGAAAGCACCAUCAAAAGAUUUUAAUAAUAUAAUAAAUAAAGCUCUUACUAUUUUUGAAGAUAAAAUUAAAAAUAUUUUACAUAAAAAAAAAUAA